UUGGUCCUGUUCGCUACCGACAUUGUUAGUCUGGCGUAAGCAAGAGUUAUGGUAGAAGUUGUCAUAGCUUGGCUAUUGUAUCGCGUCGCGCUGCCCAUCGUUCUUCUGACAGCUGUACUUUUCCGAUACAAUGUAAUAUCCGUGCUGUACCUUUUGAUGUUACUGGCUAAUCCACUGACGUCAAGCCCUACGGGAAAGAGAAAAACAGCACCAGCUAUUUAUCUGAAAGUCAUCGCGCUAACCUCCUCAGUGGUAUACUUGUGCCACAUCAUUUACUACGUAUUUUUGCUCGUGACGGCAAAUGAGCUGGAGAUGCCAGACAUGUGUUCCUCCCGGGAGCGUCUUCUUGCCGUCCUGGGCAUCGACCGCUUGAAUGGCCUCACUGUCGUGCAUGCAUCCCGCCUUUUCGGAUUGGACCUGGCCGUCUUCGUAGUUGCUGGGGCAACACUCCUUUGCUGCGAACGACAAGAAACUGCUCGUUCCGAAAACAUUCGACGACUUCCACAACGAAACAAACGCCGACACGCUGGGCGUUUCUUUGGGGAGCUAACUGUCCUGUCUCUAAUGGCUGCAGCGGGAAGCUUUCGCUCUUCGCUGUCGUCCAUGGCGUAUUUCCUCUCCUUUCUUGUCGUGGCGACAUGCCUAGCCCUUCACAGCCGACUAGAUGGCAGUUUCAUUGGUCGCUUCUUGCUCUUGCUGUACAGUGGGCUGCAUACACUGGUGGUCUAUUCUUAUCAGUUGGACUACGCACAGAAUUUCAUUCCAUCUACCGAAAUUCAGUGGAGGCUACUGGGGCUCCCGAAGUUACGGAAACCUAUCUGUGACACAUCGUCGUUCGUGAAUGGCACAGCAGCUGAUGUACGUAUAUUAGAAUUCUACGACCAGCACUGGACUACAUACAUGGAGUGCGUUGCCGUGAUUGCUCUCUACUACGUCGCCGCGAUUACGACUCGUAUACACCUGCUACAACCAUCAGUUUCUAAGAGACAACGACCCUCGUUGGCAGAGGAGUCACCCAGACUACCUAGCGAAGACGAUGCGAACGCUCCGACAAGUGCACUCAUCACAAGCAAAUCUGCCGACGUGCGCGCGAACGAUCCGGAUCAAGACAUCUGUCUAUCUUGGAAUAAUAACCACAUGGAGAAGUCGUUGCCAGGCGACGCGAUUCCUUCCCACCCCCCAUUACAUAGCGGCAAGAGGAACCCACAAACCUGUCAGAACAGGAAGAAUAUUUUGCGCCAGUUCCUCACUGUACUGUGUGGCGCGAGCCAUGUGCUCACUUUGACGGCCAUGAUGGCCUGGAGCAUCACCUAUACUUCCUGGUUGAGCUUCGUGUUGCUACUAUGGUCCUGCAUUCUCUGCAUGAUGCCCAACACGCGUCGAGCAUGUUUGCGGACGUCCCCAGCACUGGUUGCGUACGCAGAGCUGUUGCUGCUACUUCAAUAUGUUCUCAGUUUGAACCUGACAGACACGGAGUUGCCAGAGCUUCCUCAGGUGGGGCUGAUAAAGUACUACGAGAAGUCCUACCGCGCCCUCUUCGUCAAGAUGUCCUGUACAGUGGUCUUCUGGAUAACCUUAUACCAGUAUGUGGAUUUGAGGCACCGUGGAUAUCCCAGUGAGAUUUUGGGAGUCACCAAGACACUCGAUGAUUCAGGGUCCGUUCCCAGCCAGGAGAGAAAUCGACGGCAAUGGUCUUUCACCACUGCGGCUGAUGCCCAGCAACCUGUUCGUCGACUGGCCAACCGAAUGCACCGGUUCUUUUCUCGCUACUGGGUUUGGGUUCCUGCUAUUUCGCUAGGACUGGUGGCACUCGUUGGUUCCAGGGUGGUUGUGUACAGGGUGGUCUAUCUAUUUUUCUUCCUCGUCUUUCUUCUAAUAUUCCAGCUGUCCUACAACCUCUGGGUAGAUAUGAUGUACUGCUUUUUGAUGGCGGUUAUCAUUUAUACGAUGAUGGUAGUCAUCCUCAUCUACACGUACCAGUUCGAACGGUUUCCAUCCUACUGGGAAGAAUAUCUCCAUAUACCUCCUGACAUACAACAUGACUUGGGACUGGAGAAGUAUUCGACAUACGAUACCUUUGUAGCUCUCUUGGUUCCCACAUCGAUUUUGAUCAUCACCAUAUGGCAGCUCAACUGGUUCCAUGAGGAUUUCCUCAAGGCCAACAGAGAGACAUGCACCAGAAAGCCGCAUCGGUCCGAAAAACAUGUAGCGGAAGAUCCAUGCGAAAUACGGGGCAGCAAUACGAACAAUUUUAACGGCUCAUCAAUUGAUCUGUUUCCUCGUGCAAUCUGUGGUUUCUUGCGUCGUAGGAUAUGCACGGAUAGACUUCGCAAGUUCCUGAAUGAUGCCAAAGAAGUCUCAUGGCGGAUACUCGAGAUCCACGCCUACAAGAUCGUCUUCUUUUCCGUCACAUACGUAUCUGUUUACGAUGUAUGCGUGCUACACUUCUUCUUCGUCGUGUUCGUGGUGCUAGCACUCCCGUCCCCUUCCCUCCAACUAUUCUUCUCUUAUUGCUGUUCACUGUGGGCAUCCGGUUUAUUCCUCGUAAGAAUGAUCUACCAGCUCGGAUUUAUUGAAAUGGAGAACAGCACAACCAAUUGCUCAGUUGCGUAUGGAGAACACGCCGCGGCGCCACUUAACGUUACCCAGACAAGCGCCAUGUGGCUUGGACUCAGGAAAGCACCAAACUACUGCUCCUAUUGCAAGCCGUACAUGGUGUUGGUUCUGGCGUUCACGGGGCAAGCCAUUCUGAGGUAUAGGCAACAUUAUCACCGAUGUCGUCAUGGCGUUUUGGAAACGAAACCAGGCAUUGUGUUUGUCUCUGUGGCACGCCACGACGCAGACAACAGCAUAAGGGAGUGCGCCAUGUUUCUUGUCAACUGUUUCUUCUACAAAUUUGGCAUCGAGGUGUCCUUUGUAGUAAUGGUCAUCUGCAUGGGACAACGUAUGGACGUGUACGGCAUGGUGACCUCCAUCUGGCUGUGCGCCUUGUUCUUGCUUAGGAGGCACCAACUGCGUCGUAUAUGGCCGUUCUACGUGGCUUACCUGCGUGUGGCGAUGCUCCUCCAGUACCUUGCGGUCAUGGACCUGCCGCCUAAGCUUUGUGUUGGCUACCCCUGGAGCGAUCCAUCGGACAAAAUACUUUACAACGCGUCACUGUGGCUCUACUUACCAAACUACGAGAGGCCUCCGGACUCGAGCAAGAUCCUCGUGGAGCAUCUUCAAUUGACGGUAGCGGCCUGCCAGCUCUUCGCGUUUUCUCUGGAACGCUCCCAGAUCAUAUCCCACUACGGAGGUUCUAACACAGAGAUCCACGACAAGCAUGGACGUUUCAUAGGAAGCUCACCCAAUCCCGUCUCAGACUUCGUCACCUACGCCAAGUCGUACUUGUCAGUUGUCCAGUCCGGUCUGUUUUUCUCCUCCUAUUGGAUGACGCUGGCGGUGAUGUUUCUGGCAGGCACUAGUCGCGUCUCCAUUUUUGCCAUGGGCUAUGUCUUGGGAUGUUUCGCCUUCCUUUGGAGUGGGGACGAUUUUUUCCUGAGGCCUAUGAAUACAUUGCUCCAGAACUGGAACUUGCUGCUGACGUACAAUGUUGCGGUCAUCUUCCUCAAGAACGUGGUCCAAGUCGCAGGAUGCAUCUUCCAGGACUAUUUCCUCAAGUACUCCUGCUGGAUGGUUCAUCUGCUCGGUAUAGUGUGCUUGAACAGUGACCAUCAUCAGCCAAGCGAGGCAUCAAACGAAAACAGCGACGGAAUUUGUCACGUACCUUCACCUUCGGAGGCCGGAUUGUUUUGGGACGGUGUCUGCCUGGCGUUCUUGCUGGCACAAAAGCGACUCUUCACAUCGUACUACUUCCAACAUGUUAUCAUCGAAGUCCUCGUGCAGCACCACCUGGCAUCUCGAGGAGCCGAAAUCAUUAACGAGAUGAGGCGUGAAGACGUCGAGCAUCAACAAGAUCGCGAACGAGAACUCAUGGAAAAGGUAAAACAGGAAACUGAGAAGUUGCGUACCUGUCAACAAAACCUACGCUCCGGUGUUGAGAACCUACUGACUCACUAUGAAGCCAUCCGGUCUGGGGACUACUGUAUGUUCGACGAGCCCACAGAGGUGAACGUAGACAUGGAAACUACGGACGGUAAAGGACGCCGAAUGAAGGAAGAGGACGAGGAUGUUGAAGCCCUUGGCAUAACUGCGUUCCUCACUACCGUAAUCAAGACCGGUAAUUUGCGUCGUGACCCCAGGAAGCUUUCACGGUACGGAUUGAAUGCAACACAAAAACCUACUACAAACAACGAGGACUCACGGGGAUCAAAGGAAGCACAUCUGCUAGUGCCAGGACCAGAAACAGCGAAGACAGAGCCCGCCACCAGGACAAACUUAAAGCCACAAGUUUCGAAGCCAACCUCUUCAGCAGAGACAACUGAGCUCUCUCCAACUGACUCCAGAAAAGAACCCACGGAAGAACAUCUGUCACGGCCGCUUCCAGGUCACGUAGCCUUCGUCAUGGCCUUUAUCGACAGCGUGCUCGUCACUUGCACAGCCAAGCUGAAUGACGUCUCACGAGAUUACCGCUACGUUGCCAGGCGCUUGGCGGAGGAGAAGCGUCUGAAUAAAAUGCAGUAUACGAGUGGCCUACCCAAGGAUGGAGACGUAGUCCACACUGCUGCGCCGAUGCACCACCCUCACCAGCUUCAUAAAGAAGCACGACUGUUAUCACCGGAAGAUUCAGCACAAUCUUGCUCGCUCGCCGCUGACAUGCCGCGCUGCAUAACUCCCACCCGUAGACCGUCGGCCAUUCGAUUCUUCACCGCAUGCUACUAUGCUAUAAUGUCCCAAUCCGAGAUCGCAUGUUACCUGAUGAUUGUCGUGAACCAGAUAAUGACCGCGAGCCUCCUUUCCCUACCUCUUCCCCUCAUGGCCUUCCUUUGGGGUUCGCUCUCCGUUCCUCGUCCUUCCAAGACGUUCUGGAUCACCGUCAUUACGUACACUGAAGCUAUCGUGGUAGUCAAGUAUAUUUUCCAGUUUGACUUCUUCGACUGGAAUGUGUCGUCAGCCACGAGCCACUUUUGCGAUGCACCUCGUGUUCUUGGGAUUGCAAAGCAGAGCGGGAACUCAUCAUACGCCCUCUACGACCUGGUUCUGCUGCUCUUUGUUUUUUUUCACCGAUUUAUGCUGAAAAGCAAGGGUUUGUGGAAGGACAUCACUACUGAUUCCAAUGAGGUGUCCUCCUCCACGAUGUGCGCGAUAUCGGAGAACUGUACGAGCUUUGCCAUGCUGACACCAGGUGCCAAGGAGCUGCCUGAACAAAAUAUAGUUGCAAUUACAGGUGCCCAGGAAUGUGGAAUUUCCAGUUCCGCUGUGCUUCAUCCCAGCGACAUCUGGAAAAGAGUCGGCAAUUACACGGAACAGUUCAGAGCAUUCUUCAGGGAUCUGCUUCACCCGGCGUACCGGUUAACGACUGACGUAUAUGCCUACAUGUUCAUGUGUGACUUCAUCAACUUCUUCAUUUAUUUUUUCGGUUACUGGACGUUCAGUGAAGAUAGCACAGCAAGGACCGACAAUGUCACAGAAUACGUCAUCAAGAAACAGAUUCCUGUGCUCUUCGUGAUGGUGCUGCUAGCACAGUUCUCGCUGAUUAUUGUGGAUCGGGCCUUGUAUCUGCGCAAGUACGUCGUCGGGAAGCUCGUUCUCCAGAUCUUCAUUGUCCUCGUCGUCCAUGUGUGGAUAUUCUUCGUAGUUCCUGCCUCUACCCGUCGUGCAUUUGUGGACGAUCCCAGCCUGCCUCCCAAACUGUGGUACUGCAUAAAGUGCGUCUACAUCUUGCUGUCGGCGUACCAGAUUCGGUCGGGCUAUCCCUGGCGUGUCUUUGGGAACCUGUUUUGUAAAAAAUACAACUACGUCAACUAUAUUUCCCUGAAAGGGUACAUGUUGGUGCCGUUCCUUUACGAGCUACGCGCUCUCAUGGAUUGGUUGUGGACGGAUACAACCUUGAGCUUCAGUUACUGGCUCAAGAUGGAGGACAUAUUCUCCAAAAUCUUCUUCGUGAAGUGUGUGCGACGCGCAGAAGAGGACUACCCAACACCACGAGGGGAAAACCGUGAUUCGCUGACGAAGUACUGCCUGGGUGGCAUCCUCCUGUUCGCUAUUAUGCUAGUGAUAUGGUAUCCACUUACGCAGGCUAUACUGUAUGAUACCGUAGGUCAGUCGCUUUUGCCUUCUCAGUGUAAAAUUGAGAUACGCAUUGGAAACUAUGAGCCGCUCUUCAAGGCCAGCCUUCAGGAUGACGAUCUGCAACCCAUGUCCCAGGAUACCUGGCUGCGUAUGAAGAGCAAGUACAAGUCAAGACACGGCACUCGGGCAUUCCUGAGUCGCUACGAUUCGCAAGACGUCGCUGUGGUGAGCAUCAAUGGCAAUGCCACAGGUUUCUGGACCAUCAGCCCUCCCGCUCGGAACAGACUGAUUGAAGAGCUUAACCUUUCGGCAACGGAGGUUCAUAUGAGCAUAAAGUGGGAGCUGACGCGUAUGAUAGCAGACGACAUCCCUGGCUUUCAAACAGAAAGCACCAAAAGCACCAUGCAAGUCGUACCACUGUUGGAUUCUACAUUGCGGCAAGAACUCGCACGUGCGAUUUCGGGAGAUGAAACGAGUGACGUUAUAUUGCGUGGUGUACUCCCGAGGUACCUCACGCUGUCGGAUGGUAAACUGGAAGUGGCAACCAUGUAUUAUCCAGACCUCAAAUACCAGGAUGUAGCACUGCGUCUCCACUCCGGCACGUUCAAUAACAUGAGCACCCCCAGUGAGUGGUGGGAGCUCGAGAAACAGUGCAGCCCGCCAUUCCUGUCCAGCGAGCAAUAUUCAUGUCCCCACCUAAAAGUCAUCGUCUUCUGUGAAAAGGUGUACUCCAAGACAUCUGCCCACCAAGGGAUCAUAGGCAUUUACACAACGUUCGUGGUCCUCAUAUCACAGUUGCUGCGCGGUUUCUGGGCGACCUCUGCAUUUGACAUUAUGCUCGAUGAUGCACCUAACGUGGACAGAAUCUUACAGCUAUGCCACGACAUCUACCUUGUGAGGCAGAGCAGAGAACUACUUCUCGAAGAGGACCUGUUCGCCAAGCUUCUCUUCCUCUACCGCUCACCAGAGGCACUGCUAAAGUGGACACGACCUCUACCUGCUGCGCAUGAUGCUGUGUGAUAUACGACGUGUUACUGAGACUCGCUGGAUGAUUUAUCCUCAUCUACGGGUGACUUUGUGCAGUGCCAGGAAAACUACGCCGCUGAACACAUUGUUUUUGAAAGUAUUUUGCUAAUUCAUAUAUUAACUUUAGCGGUUGGUGUUCAUUGCGAAAGCGCCGACUGCAUUGCUCUGAACAUUUUCUAGAAACUAUUGCGCUUGUGCCAUAUGCUAAUGAUUGUAAAUUAAAUAGUGGAAUGAAUUGAUCCAGCGGUUUGGUGAUGCAAAUGAAAACCAUGAGUACUUGUACAAAUGAGUGACUUGAUGACGGUGCACUCUCAAGAUGUGACUUCAUCGCUAACACAUUUUGAAUCGCUCUUUCGCGCUCCUAAUUUCCACAAAACGUGUAACUUGAUCAACAGCAAUAAUUAUCAUUUGGCGUAAUGUAUGCCACAUAUUGUUUCAUG